UACGUCCUCCUUCCAAUGCUUUUUCGCCCCGCCCCGCCCCGCCCCCGGCCCUCCAGCCCGUGCGCGGCCUGCAGCCUGGAAACACUCGCUUCCCGGCAAAACAAAAAUAACCCUGUCCUGUCCUGUGCACACGCUACCCUCACCCCCAGCUCCACCGAGCCACCUCCCGCUCUCCGGCCACGACCUGUCCCCACCCCAGUGCGGGACCCCAUCCCAAGAGCGCAGGAGACCACCCCCCACCCCAGUCUCCGGACUGCGGGCGCACGGGGCAGCCCUGCUGGCGGCCCCGGGACCCCCUGGAGCUUCCAGCCCGGAAACCGGGAUCGGGGCGCCUCGGGCCCGCGUCCCUCCAGGGACUCGUUGCCCGGUCUACUCACUGUGUGUUUGCUUCUGCCGACUUGCGCAUCCAAAGCAGGUCCCGCCUUUAAACCAAAUAUUCUGCUGAUCAUGGCGGACGAUCUGGGCAUCGGGGAUCUCGGUUGCUAUGGGAACGACACACUGAGGACGCCGAAUAUCGACCGGCUUGCGGAGGAAGGCGUGAGGCUCACCCAGCACCUGGCGGCCGCCCCCGUCUGCACCCCCAGCCGGGCCGCCUUCCUCACGGGCAGACACGCGCUCAGAUCAGGCAUGGAUGCCACCCACGGGUACCGCGCCCUGCGGUGGAAUGGGGGCUCAGGCGGACUCCCCCAGAAUGAGACCACCUUUGCCAGGAUCCUGCAGCGGCAAGGCUACGCCACAGGCCUCAUCGGAAAAUGGCACCAGGGCGUCAACUGUGAAUCCCGCACUGACCACUGCCACCACCCCCUGAACCACGGGUUCGACUACUUCUAUGGCAUGCCGUUCACGCUGGUCAGCGAAUGUCACCCAGGCUGGCCCCCGCAAGUGGCCGUGGCCCUGGGGGGGCGGCUUUGGCUCUCCACGCAGAUGAUGGCGCUGGGGGUGCUCACGGUGGCGGCCGGCAAGACCCUCGGGCUCGUCUCCGUUCCCUGGAAAUUAGUCUGGGGUGCGGCCAGCCUGGUCCUGCUGUUCUUCGGCUCCUGGUUCGCCAGCUUGGGGUUCAUCCGCCGCUGGAACUGCAUCCUCAUGAGGAACCACGACGUGGUAGAGCAGCCCAUGGCUUUGGAAAGCACGGCCCGGCUUCUGAGCAGGGAAGCGCUGUCCUUCAUCCAGCGACAUAAGCCUGGUCCAUUCCUGCUCUUUGUUUCCCUGCUCCACGUCCACGUGCCCCUCAUGACCACCAGAGAGUUCCAGGGGAAAAGUCAGCACGGCCUGUAUGGCGACAACGUGGAGGAGAUGGACGGCCUUGUGGGGGACAUUCUUAACGCCAUCGAAGAACAUGGGUUGAAAAACACGACGCUCACGUAUUUCACCUCUGAUCACGGGGGGCACCUGGAGGCAAGAGAUGGGCACGUCCAGCUGGGCGGAUGGAAUGGGAGAUACAGAGGUGGCAAAGGCAUGGGCGGCUGGGAAGGCGGGAUCCGCGUCCCUGGGAUAUUCCGGUGGCCCGGGGUGCUGCCGGCCGGCCACGUGAUCCAGGAGCCCACCAGCCUGAUGGACGUCUUCCCCACCGUGGUCCAGCUGGGCGGCGGCCAGGUGCCCCAGGACAGGGUGAUCGAUGGCCGGAGCCUGGUGCCCUUGCUGCAGGGAGAGACCGAGCACUCGGCCCACGAGUUCCUGUUUCACUACUGCGGGGAGCACCUCCACGCCGCACGCUGGCACGACAAGGACAGUACAAAGGAUGUCACAGUCAUCUGAGAGUGCAGCCACUCCCAAGGCUGAGCGGGUGAGCCCUGAGGGAUCUCAGGACGGAAACAAAGCACACCUGCCAUCUAGCAGCCAGCCGACUGCAGCCACGCCGAACAGGAGCUCUGCGGAAACUCAGGUUGUGAAAACACAGGACACUGGCCCCCUAGCUGCGGUGCAUGGCAAAGGAAUGAUUUCACUGAGCCCAGACUCUGCAUCUUCCCAUAGAAAAGCACUAGAUUCCUUAACUCGAGAGAGCUGGUUUUCUGCAAAUCUUUUGUUCCUACUCCCUGCCUUUGGUUGCAAAACUCCUCUCGCCUGGCUCCCCCGCCCCCCACCUCCUCGGAGAGGUUUCUAGGGCUCCUUGAGAUGCUGCCUCCUGGGCUUCAGUCCUCAUUUUGCCCCAAAGAAAACUUUACUCGCAACGUUUAGGUUGUGCAUUUUUUUUUAGUCAACACUCCUGUCCAGCGUAACUCUGAAACCCACAGACUGCAUCUCAGGGCUUAGCAAGGUAGAGCAUCUCCUGGCUGGGCACAGAAAGCAUUCAGCUCGAGGCAGAGUGACCAGUAAGGAAAGAGCUGCUAGGAUGCUUGUGAGGGUACAAGCGGGCGGCCCAAGAGACCUUACUGGCUACAGGACUAUCACCACGGGAAAAGUGGGACGGGGCGAAGAGCCAUCUCCCUCAUUCUCAGUAGACAUCAAGCUUCCAUCAGCAGCUCCUCCACGUCCAGAUGGAGGAGCCUGUUGUCAGACUCGGGCUGUCGUGCACAGUGGCGAUGAGCAAAAAGGCAGUAACAUGAAAAUAAGGUGAAUCCACUCAGGAUCCACCAGAACGUCACCUCUCCUGAUAUUUUUGUUUUGAGUGCGUGCAGAGAAGCAUAUCUUAAGGACCAUUAGCUGGAGUUCCCAGGGUGGCACAGCAGAAAGGAAUCCUACUAGUAGCCAUGAGGAUGUGGGUUCG